AUGGAGGCGUCACCGCUCACUCGGCAGCCUCAGCCAGAGGUCUUCACUCCGAAAAUCAACCAGCUAUAUGCCGAGCUCUUUCAGGAUGUCGAAGAGGCACGACAGUCAAGGGGCUUCUGGAGGGAGUUCUUUCUCCUCAAGCCGGAUCUUGCGACGUUGAGGAAUCUGCUGCAGGACAUUUCUCCGGCGGACAUGCUGGCCUUGGAGGGCCAGUCACAAGAGCUCUUUAGCGAAGCGAUCGAGGCCCUAAAGUCUGGCCGUGGCAGCGCGCCGCAAAACGCCCUGGAUACGUUAAAAGUCUUUUUGUCCUGCGUUCUGGCAAAAAGAUAUGCCCAUCCGAGCUCGGCAAUCAUUGCGGUACUAGCCGGACUGGACCGCAUCGAUCCUGUGUUUACAGAUUUUGUUAGCACUUUAGACGCAGCGAUCCGUACUGGAGACGACUUGGAAUUACGACACAAGGCAAUCGGUGUAUUGCUGGCCAUCACAGCUGGCGCAUACCAAACGACGUUGCUUACAUAUAUGAUACAAAGGGAUUUGUUUCCCGCGGUCAUGAAGUUCAUCCAAGAUACCCAGUCCCCCGCUAUGGUGCUAGAACCUCUCAUCCUUCUAAGCUUGCUGGCCAACUACAACAAGUUUGAGUUUCAGAACCCGUACCAGCUACGGUUGAACGAUUUCAUCAAUGAAAGAGCCAUAACAAUGAUCGAUGAUUUACCGGAAGGCUGGACAUUCAGCAGCGCAUUGGGGAUGCUAGGUCUUGGUGCUAUUGCGCCAGGUCCGAAGCAAGAAAAGAAACCGAUUUACGAUGCCGAGACAGCGAAACAAAUGUUUACAAAACUUCCAAAGGAGCGGGCAGCAGUGUUGCUAGCUGCCUAUGACUUUAGCCACGCCAACAAACUAUUCUGUACUAGCUUUGUGACUGCCACCAGCGAAAAGGGAACAGAGCGACCGAUGGCAGCAUACCUGUCUCUCACAUCCUACCUUCUUCAACAUGCGCAUUUGUCGCACCGCUCCACAUACUACGCGCAUUUGAAUCUCAUGGUAUUCCGGCUUCUCAUAGAAGACCAAUCCAUCUGCAAGAUACUGUGCAACGAGGAGUCUAAGAUGGCUGUCCGCCUCUGUCGGCACCGGGCGCCGUUCUUGCCACUGGUAAAAGGCGAGCGAGUCUUGGCAUGCUCGCUGCUUGACACCAUGAUUGACGGUAUCAACCACAACCUCCGAAAGAGACUUGAUGUGGCAUUAUACACCCUGUGCCUAGGCAUUCUACUCCGGGUUAUCUCAUAUGUAUCGCGGUCGCGCACGAGAUUGCACUACCAUUGGGCGGAGUUCUUCAGGUCCAUGUUGUCGCUAGUCCGGUUUCUAACCACUUACACGUCGGAUCUCAAAGACUUGCCUCACAUGGAUACACUUGUAGACCAUGUCGUCAAUCUGCUUGCGCUGUCACUCUCAGCUGGCGAAGCUUUCCUGCCAACACCAGCUGCGUAUGAUGACUUGUUCUACAAAGUCGUGGAAAGCGGUGAAAUCUUGACCAAGUUCAAACAAAACUACGGACUGGGAAAACGGAAGAAGCCAAGCAAUUUAACGACGACGCAGGUGACUGACGUCAUCAAGCAAGGCUACGAAACUUUGAGCAUCCAGGCAAAGGAGGGCCUAGAUUCGUGGGAUAGAUAUAGGGAAGCCGAUGACCGUAUACUGCUCAAGAACAUGGCUAGAACGACUGUCGCAGAUGUUCGCGAGCUGGUAGAAGAAGAGUAA